AGCUAUUUAUACCCAGGGUAUUUACAAAUGACAGGCGAUCAAUCGGCGCUCAUUUGCUAGCUAUAACUUGUGCUGGAACUCGAUAGAAACAAGCAAGAAACCAAUAUGAAAGGUUCCUAGUCUUGCGUUACCCGGGAUAUCCUGUACACUGGUUUCUAAUACUGGACGUGUUUUUGGAAUUAUCUUUUGUGUGUGUUUUCUGCGGAUUACAGGUGUUUCUGUUCUGUGAAUAUUGCAACACGUUCUGUUGAAUGACGUGACAACCUUACUGGAAAGAGAGAUAUGGGAUCCAAACCCAGUAUCCCCGUGGUAAAACUACCCCGGGAUACGGUAGUCAUAGUUACUGGAGCAAGCUCAGGAAUUGGUUAUGAGACGGCGAAGUAUAUAGCGAUGAUGGGAGCCAAGGUUAUCCUAGCCUGUAGAGACCAACAGAAAGCGAACGAGGCAAUGAGGCGGAUGGAUGCAGAAUUCCAAGAGGAGAAGAGACAGAAUUCAACGAACAUCAUCAGAGACGAUCACCUGACGGUGGAAUUCAUGCAGUUAGACUUGGCAUCGCUGGACUCCACCAUGAAGUUCAUAGAGACCUUUAAGGCGAAAUACGACAGGCUAAACCUGCUGAUAUGUAACGCUGGUACAUACUCUAAGAAUAAAGUAAUGACAGAGGAUAACUUUGAGCUGACAUAUCAGGUGAACUACCUGAGCCAUUUCCUGAUUGUUGCUCACUUGAUCCCGAUCUUGAUGAAGUCCGGCAAAGACUGUCGCAUCGUGUUCGUCUGUAGUGAGGCCCACCAGAAGGCCAAGUUUGACGUGGUGCUGGCAGAGCAAGGCAAAUCCACGCCAUACGACGCCACGUCCAUCUACAACAACACAAAGCUAUUCCAGAUUAUGCAGAUGUACUGCGUCGAUAAGAUUCUGCUUCACUCGGAUGUGGAAGUGUGUUGUGUUAACCCCGGAGUUGUAGAUACAGAUUUGUACCGGAAUCAUUUACCGGAAGGAGAGCCCGGAGUUCGUCAAUUUUGCAUGAACUGUUGCGGACUUAUAAAGACCCCGCACACGGGAUGUGCGACCACGGUGUACGCGGCUGUAAACCCGGAACUUAUAGGAAUUAGUCGUGGAUAUUACAAACAUUCACGAGCAGCUCCGAGCUGGCCAAGUAAAGCCGGCAGGGACCCCGAAUACCAAAACUUUCUCUGGAACUGUACACGAGAACUUUUAAAGAAGUAUAUACCAUCAGACAUAGACAAACUACUGGAUGUUAAAGUGGAAACGAACAAUAAGCACUAGACAUGACGGAAGUACAGUGUUCAUAGUGACGUCAUACCGUUCGGUGAAACAACGCGCUGCUGGCCAAAACCAAAACCAAUUUCAUUUAACAACACGACUGUUUUUGUUUUAAAUGGGAAAUUCUAUUUAUUCAUUAAGCUUCCUUUGGAUAUACAUGUACAGGUUUAAAAUAAUGAACUAUAAUUCCCCAACUUUUAAGUUUGGAUGUGUAUAACGAUAUAUUAUCAUUUUAAUUCAAUUAAUACUAAUUAAAUAUUUCAAAACAAACAUAUUCAUUUAUUUAUGACAUAUUUGAUUCUUAUUUUUUUUAAAAACCUGAUGCAUAGAUUAUCCUAUUAAACUUCAGUAUAUUAAUAAAAUAAUUAAGAGGCUUUAAUGUGUUUUUUUUACCUCGUACUGUAUUUCAUGUACAAUAUCAUUUUGUAAAAGCCUCAAGUGUAGUAUUACGUUAUGUGGUGUUUGUGUGCGUAAAGAGAGAGAGAGAGAGAGAGAGAGAGAGAGAGAGAGAGAGACAGAGAGAGAGAGAGAGAGAGAGAGAGAGAAUUAAUUAUUUUAUUAUAAUUAUGAUACUUACUGGAAUUUUGCACAAUAUCUUCAAGCACGAUACUUAGUUUUAAUAACUCUUAAUCCGUCCUCCUUUGGAAAUUAUAAGUCAUGUCUAAAUCUAGCUCAGUAAUGAUAUUUAUUUGUAAAUGAUGGUGUGCGAUCGGACUGUGAUCAUUUUUUGUUGUCAUUUAUUAUUAAAUUUUAUC